AUGAUUGUUGUAUAUAUAUUAUUGUCUCUGUUUCUCACUGGUAAUGCUGCGCCAGAGUCAGAUCGAAUUUCGAGUAUCCCAAACUUGGUUGAACCAUUUCGAUCAAAUCACUAUGUUGGCUAUUUGAACAUUUCUUCAACAAAACAAUUAUUCUAUUGGUAUGUGGAAUCCGAAAAUAAACCAGAAAAAGAUCCUUUAGUGUUAUGGUUAAAUGGAGGACCCGGAUGUGCCUCGCUAGAAGGCCUAUUCAUUGAAAUGGGGCCAUUCAGAGUGCGAAACGCAGGAAAGCGUGUUGAAAGGAAUCCGUGGACAUGGAAUAGACUUGCUAAUAUCAUUUAUCUUGAUGCACCAGCUGGAGUUGGCUUCUCAUAUUAUGACAAUAAGAACAAAACAUUUACCGAUGACCAAGUUGCCACUGAUAACUUUGAUGCUUUAUUGGCGUGGUUUAAAAAAUUCCCGGAAAUGAAAUCGAAUGAUUUAUACAUUGCUGGAGAGUCUUAUGCUGGCACUUAUGUGCCAAUGUUAUCUUCAAAAUUGGCUUUAAGUGAUGAAUUCCCUCAGUUUAAGGGAAUGCUUAUUGGAAAUGGUUGUGUCGACGAUAAGAUCAAUUUCAACACGAACAUUCUUUAUCAAUAUUACCAUGGAUUGAUUGAUGAAACAAUUUUCCAAAAUACGGUUCGGACAUGUUGCAAAGGAUCAAUUGAUUGCGACUUUUAUGCAUUGUCUAAUACAAAUACAUCAUGUGGAGAUCAGAUUAAUCAGUUGAGUGAUACAGUGUUCUAUUCAGGAUUGGACCCAUAUUUCCUCUACUUUUCUUGCUAUUUGAAUCCAAAACUGCCAUACCCUCAUAAUGAAGAUCACAGAAUUAUUACCACAAAGCGACAUAUGUUGAAAAAACAAAUGAACCACAAAUAUGAGAAUUUGAUUACCCCCAUUUUAGUAAAGAUUGAACAGCAACCGACCUGUGCCACACAUAAUGAUGAUAUCUUAUAUCUUAAUUUGCCAGAAGUUCGACAAGCCUUAAGAAUCCCAAACUAUGUCCAAAACUACAGUAUGUGCAGCAUGGAAAUUAGUAUGGCAUAUGUAAGCCAAUAUACAACUAUGACAAAAUUCUUUAACACCGUUAUUGGCGCCAAAAAGAAAGUCACACUAUUUAACGGUGAUGUUGACACUUUGUGCAAUGUAGUGGAAAAUGCGCAAUUUUUGAAAAGCCUUAACGGAACGUUGGUACAACCAGCGACAUCAUGGAAAGAUCCAAAUCAAUUACCAAUGUCUGUUGGAUUUUGGACUAAAUAUGAUGGAGUUGAACUUGUAACGAUCAAGGGUGGCGGUCAUUUCCCCGCAGCAGAAGCUCAAAAACCAAAAGAGACAUUCCAGAUGUUCCAGAACUUCAUCAAGAAUCAAAAUUAUAGCAUUUCUGUCCAGGAUGACAUCAAGUAUGAAGGAAAUGUAAGACUCAUAUCGCGAUAA